AUGGGCAACCAAUUGAGCUCACCUUUAGCCUCCGACGCUGCUGUUGCUAGGCAUAAGGGAGGCUGUCCUGCUCAAAAUGACGAUGAAAAACGAAACGAGAGCUGUCCAGUGAGAGUCAAGAAUGUCGACGGUUGUCCGGCUCAGCAUGACAAGAAACCGUCAGAAGUCUUACUAACAGGUGGCUGCCCCGUAGUCAAAGAUGACAAGGAACAGAAAGAGGUCUACAACGUCUACGGUCAGCGCAUCGAUCCUACCAAUAUGAUGCCAUACAAUCCAAACCAGGCUCCGAACGAAGAACAGCGGUACCCGUUAGCACAGAAUCGUGUGCAGUCCACGAUUCCUAAGGGUGGAACUGAGGGCACGUGGCUGUAUCCAUCUGAACAAAUGUUUUUCAAUGCACUCAAGCGUAAAGGUAAAGGUGAAGAUGUACACGAGGGUGACGUGAAGGCAAUCGUGUCCAUUCACAACAACAUGAACGAACGUGCCUGGGCACAGGUCGAACACUACGAAAAGGUGUGCCACCCAGAGCUUAAGAACUCCAAAUUACUCAAAUUUUGCGGUCGUCCCGACGAAAUGACACCCAUUGCAUGGAUGAAAAGUAUUUUGGGGUUCGGCAAGCCCUUCGACCGCCACGAUUGGAUCAUCCUGCGCAGCGACAACACGCAAGUGCGCUAUGUAAUUGACUACUAUUUUGACGAUAAAAAAUCUGCGGAGGAUGAAGUCCCCGAGCUGCACUCCGAGGACAAGGUCAGAAGUAUUUCUAUGUACGCUCGUCCUGCUGUGGACUCGGUAGGUGCCCUGAUCGACAGACUUAAGUUCCCUUUUACUACAUAUUUGAAUGGACUGAAAGGUCCCAAUUUAGCCGCACGCUCUGCUCUAGUUGAGAGUAUUCACGAGGGAAAAAACGAUGUGGAAUCAUUUACGGUGGAGGAGAUUCAGCAAACGUUUGCCAAAAUCAAAGAAUCGUGCAAAAGCUGCAUGCAAGAAGUCAGAACCUGCGGCAACGAAAUACAGUGUUCACAGGCUGCCUUGGCUCUACAGCUAUGCAUGGGUCGCAUCAUCUGCCCGCCACAGGCCGCCGCCUUUACCAAGGCUCUCGAAAUAGGCGAUGAAACAGUAGUCGAAGCUGCAUUUGACGCCAUGAACAGCAAUUUGGAGCAGUUUCAAGAGCGGGGAGCAAGCGCAAUGCAGGAGCAGGCUGUCCGCGAGUCUUUAACUGAAAAGUUGGGUGAUAUAUAG